CCUCCCUUGCCUCGUUCCGAAAACCGGAUGCGAGGACCAUCGCGUGCUCGGACAGACGAAAAGAGGAUUAGUUCAGAAAGGAUAUCAGCACUUGACUUUGGAAUCAUCUAUCGUCCAAAAAUGUGGUUCACCGAAGCUGGAGAAAUAGUAGAAAUGUUCCGCAGCAGUUUUCCGUUAUCUUUUUUGUUUUUUGUUCCAAUAUUCAUUCUGAUUUCACCCGUAAGUCCUGUCUACGCAGCGCAAGAAUUCAACGUUUAUAGGAUGCAACAGUUUGACCUACAAGGAUCAUCUUAUGGAUGCAAGAGCUCGCUGGUGAAUGUGGAGGCUAGACCAAUUGACUCAAAAAUGCUGACACGCCGUUGUGUGGUGGCAAGGCUUAGAGACGUUACAGUGCCAAAGUUCCGAGACCUUAUGGCCCAGAAUGCAGGGGCAUUGUUGGUGCUUUUGCCGAAAACCUUCUUGGAUUUAACAGCAGAGGAGGAGGAGCACCUACAAAGCUUAGAGCGUGACCUAAUGCAGGAAGAUGUAAAUCUGCCCGUCUAUUUUGCUCAUGAGACAGAAGAGCUGCAGAGGUUGUAUGAAGAACUUGUCCAUGGGUCAGCUGGAGACCAGGCCAGCACUGCUUGGGAAGCAUUGUUGAGCUCUGCCACAGCCAAUGGCUUCCAGAUAGUGGUCAAUGGUGCUCAGUCAAAAGCGCUGCCAGACUUUUCUGUCACAAACCUGCAGGGUCGACUUUCAGGACACGGCAUUGAGGAACAGCUUCCAACCAUUGUCAUUUCUGCUUACUAUGAUGCAACUGGCAUUGCUCCAGGCCUUGCAUAUGGGGCAGACUCAAAUGGAAGUGGUGUAGUAGCAUUGUUGGAACUAGCCCGCCUUUUCUCCAAGCUUUACACUAACUCGCGCACUCAUGCCAAAUACAACCUUGUUUUUCUUCUGUCUGGUGGAGGCAAGUUUAACUAUCAAGGUACCAAGCGAUGGAUUGAGGACAAUAUAGAGUCAACAGACUCCAACCUCUUGGCAGAUGUUGCCUUUGUCCUUUGCCUUGAUUCACUGGGGUCAGGUGAUUCUCUCCAUCUGCAUGUGUCAAAACCACCAAAAGAGGACAGUGAGGGAGGUCUUUUCCUUAAAAAUGUGGAACAGGCAGCAGCUGCCCGUGAUCCACCUGUGGAGUUCUCGAUGGUCCACAAAAAGAUCAACCUUGCAGAUGAGCUGCUGGCAUGGGAACAUGAACGAUUCAGCAUUAAGCGCUUGUUGGCCUUUACUGCAUCCCACUUAGAUUCACCAAAGUCGCUAAACAGAUCAACCAUCUUGGAUACUAGAGACCGAGUUAAUCAGAAAACUCUAUCACGCAACAUCUAUGUGGUAGCUGAUGCGCUUGCUAGGCAUAUGUACAACCUCACCAAUCUGGGUAAUUUCUCUCUCUUCACAGAGGCACUGGGUCUGCAAGAAGAGGGGCAGAUAUCUUGGCUUGAUUUCUUAACGGAACAGCCCAGAGCUGCACCACUGCUGCCACCAGAAAGCUCCAUUCUCAACAUGCUGGAAGACAGCUUGAACCGAUUUCUGAAGGACGUGCGGCGCAGCACUUUCAGGGCUGACAAACGAGAUCCCGAGUUUGUUUUCUACACAGGAGCUGUGUACAGUAUGAAUGCCUUCAAUGUGAAACCUGCUGUCUUCGACCUUUUCUUGGCAGUGGUCAUAGCUGUCUACCUGACAGUCAUCUACCUGUUAGCAACUAAUUUCCAUCUGAUCUAUGGGGUGUUCCGAAAGAUGAUGACCUCUGCACAGAAGGUGAAAAGCUCUUGAAGCAUCCAUCUGAUGGCAGGUGGCAGAAGUGACAGUAUCUCACAGUCCUGUUCAGCAAUCUGGAUCACAAAGGAGUGGGCAUUAGCAACACAUCUGGCUAUCGGUGUCAUGGUGUAGCAUUGAAACACAUUUUGUUUUGACCUGAGUGUCACUGCAAGUCCCAGCUCACAUUGGAGUUGGCCUCAGCAGCUUUUAUGUUAAUCACCAUUUUGAAGCCAGUGCUGCUCUACUCUUGCUGAUGCCUUUUGCAACGUGUGUGCAUGCGUGAUUUUAUUUUUUUUGUUCAAAGUGAACCUGCGGCAGGAAGUGAGUGGAUUUCAUAUACCUCCUUGUUACUGUGCUGCCUUUUGAGAAUUUUUACUGUGUGCAUGUUUUUUUAACAACCAAUGUAUUUUGUCAUUAUGUGGACCACUCCCAUGUUGCUUCUGGGAUACUUCCUGAUGUUCUAUCCAUUUUAUUGCUCGUGCUUAUCUUUCCAUCUGAGGAUGCGAAAUGGAGGAGUAGAAGCACCUGUGGAAAAUGUUCAAAAGAACUGACUUCUACAUCUGCUUGACAAAAUCCAUGUUUGUUGGUAUGCGAUAAAAAACACACUUAGGUUAUGAAUUCAAGAGAUAAACUUUUUAAAUUUUUUUUUUUGACUAUAUAAAAUGUUUCCCUUAUCCCUAAAACGUGUUCUGUUGUGCUCGUCAUCAUUCCCUUGCCAGUUAACAUAAACAUUCUGUAGCUCAGAACAAAUGUUGCAGAGGGUUUCACAGCCAUGCUUCAUUGAUUCUAAUCAGUGUGAUAUUUAUAAUUGUCAUUAUUCUACACUAGUAGUGUGGUAUCUAAUCAGCAAAGGAGCUAAAAAUAUUUAGAAAAUGUGAUAGGCAUUAAAAGAUCAUCAGUCAAAUGUUAUUCAUGCCUUUCAAAUGAAAAAAAUGAUGUUCGGAGGUUUGGGGGAUUUAAAAAAGGAGUGCAAGGAGGCCCUUUUGACGAACAAAAGGGGCCCAUCAAAAUGAAUGCAUUUUCACUGCUUUUUCUGAUAUGUAUAUGUCUGAUAUAUAGUCCAAAAUAAUUACAAGAAACCGAAGGUUAAUUACAUACCGAUACUUUUUUUUUAUUGAUCAUCUUUCUUCAUCGUUAGUCUAAAUGAAGGAUCGUAAAUUAGCUGACUAAUUAAACUUUGUGCCAGUC